CUGCUUCAUGAACGCCAUCCUGCAGUGCCUCAGCAACACCGAGCUGUUCGCCGAGUUCCUGGCGCUGGAGCAGUUCCGCGGCGGGCCGCCCCCCGCCGACGGGCCGCCGCCCGCGCCCGGCGAGGUCACGGAGCAGCUGGCGCAGCUGGUGCGGGCGCUCUGGACGCUCGAGUACACCCCGCAGCACAGCCGCGACUUCAAGAACAUCGUGUCCAAGAACGCGAUGCAGUACCGCGGCAACGCCCAGCACGAUGCCCAGGAGUUCCUGCUCUGGCUGCUCGACAGAGUCCACGAGGAUUUGAACAACGUGGUGAAUUCCGGUGGCAUGCCUCCACUCAAGCCGCCGCUGGAGGAUGAUGUGCUGCUGGAGGGCCCAGCCUUUCCCAUCAGUAGCACUUUUGUGCAGGAACUCUUUCAAGCCCAGUACAGGUCCUCCCUGACGUGCCCUCAUUGCCAGAAGCAGAGCAACACCUUUGACCCUUUCCUGUGCAUCUCGCUGCCGAUCCCUCUGCCGCACACUCGGCCCCUCUAUGUCACCGUGGUGUACCAGGGCAAGUGCUCGCACUGCAUGCGCAUCGGCGUGGCCGUGCCCAUCUCCGGAACAGUGGCCAGGCUGAGGGAGGCUGUCUCCUCGGAAACCAAGAUACCCACGGAGCAGAUCGUGCUGACAGAGAUGUACUACGACGGGUUCCACCGCUCCUUCUGCGACACCGACGACUUGGACACCAUCCACGAGAGCGACUGCAUUUUUGCCUUUGAGACCCCGGAGAUCUUCAGGCCUGAGGGCAUCCUCAGUCAGAGAGGAAUACAUGUGAACAAUAACCUGAAUAACUUGAAAUGUGGCACUGAGCACUCCCGAACAAUAGCUUACUCUCAAGGAACGGUGAAGUCUGGAAAACUGGAACAGUCCUGUCCCAAACUAGCAGCAAAUGACAAGAUUGUCUUGCUGGUGUGUAACAGAGCGUGCACUGGACAGCAGAGCAAAAGGUUUGGCUUGCCCUUUGUGUUGCACUUGGAAAAAACAAUUGCUUGGGAUAUUCUGCAGAAGGAAAUACUGGAGAAGAUGCAGUAUUUCCUGCGGCCUGCAGCCUGCUUGCAGGUUUGCCCGUUCAGCUUGCGAGUGGUCAGUGUUGUGGGCAUAACAUACUUGCUACCUCAGGAGGAGCGACCCCUCUGCCACCCAACAGUGGAAAGGGCAUUGAAGUCGUGCGGACAGGGGGGAACCGCUCAUGUGAAAUUAGUGGUAGAAUGGGACAAAGAAACUAAAGAUUACUUGUUUGUGAAUACAGAAGAGGAAUAUAUUCCAGACUCUGAAAGCGUCCGCCAGCAGAGAGAGCUUCAUCAUCAACCUCAGAUCUGCACUUUAUCUCAGUGUUUCCAACUGUACACCAAAGAGGAACAGCUUGCCCCAGAUGAUGCAUGGCGGUGCCCACACUGUAAGCAGCUGCAGCAGGGCAGCAUCACGCUGAGCCUCUGGACCUUACCUGAUGUUCUCAUCAUACAUCUCAAAAGGUUCAGGCAGGAAGGAGACCGAAGGAUGAAACUUCAGAACAUGGUUAAAUUUCCCUUGAGUGGCUUGGACAUGACUCCUCACGUUGUGAAGCGCAGCCAGAGCAGCUGGAGCUUGCCAUCACACUGGUCACCUUGGAGGAAACCUUAUGGCCUUGGCAGAGAUCCUGAGGACUACAUCUAUGACCUGUAUGCUGUCUGCAACCACCACGGCACCAUGCAAGGCGGGCAUUACACAGCAUAUUGCAAGAAUUCUGUUGAUGGCCAGUGGUACUGCUUCGAUGACAGUGAAGUUCAGCAACUUUCUGAAAGUGAGGUCUGCAAGCAGACUGCUUAUAUCUUGUUCUACCAGCGACGCACAGCCAUCCCCUCGUGGUCUGCCAACAGCUCGGUGGCAGGCUCCACCAGCUCGUCGCUGUGCGAGCACUGGGUCAGCCGGCUCCCGGGCAGCAAGCAGCCCAGCGUCGCCUCGGCCGCCUCCUCGCGCCGCACCUCGCUCGCCUCGCUCUCCGAGUCCGUGGAGCUGACCGGGGAACGCAGCGAAGAUGACGGAGGAUUUUCAACUCGACCAUUUGUAAGGAGUGUCCAACGUCAGAGCCUGUCAUCCAGAUCCUCUGUCACCAGCCCACUGGCAGUGAGUGAAAAUGGUGUCAGGCCCUCGUGGUCACUCUCUGCAAAGCUGCAGUUCCGCUCCAACUCCCCAUCGCGCUUCUCUGGAGACUCCCCGGUACAUACCUCUGCUUCCACUCUGGAGAAGAUUGGGGAAGCUGCUGACGAUAAAGUUUCCACCUCGUGCUUUGGCAGCCUGAGGAAUCUCUCUAGCAGCUACUUGGAGCCCUGUGACAGCAGCCGGCGAGAGCACAGGACAGCUCGCAGAGCCCCUCUGGCUGUCAUGGAGGGGGCGUUCAGGGAAGAGUCCGUUGUAAGGACAUCUAGCUCAGACCUUUCAGAUGGGUAUGGGAAAAGCUCUGUGCAGCCAGACAGGAAUCACCCUGCUCUGGACCCCUUUGAUAACAACAAUCAAAUCGCCUUUGUUGACCAGAGUGACUCUGUGGACAGCUCCCCAGUGAAGGAGGUGAAAGCCCCAGCUGGGACGGGGCUGGCUGCAGAGAAGGCACAUGACACCCCUAAGAAGGGUCACAGCUCCAAAGGAGCUUCUGAGCCAGACAAAAGUUUGAGGAAGGGAAGGACAGUCUUAGCUACCCAAGAGACCAAAGUCUCUCACUCUUCUCCUCCACUGAAGAGUUCUCAGAAAGCUUCCCGGUCCAGAAGUAAGGCAGACUCCUCUAGGGUCAGCGGGCGACACGGGUCUCCUGCUCCCACGCAGGCUAGGAAGGACCACAGCACAAAGCCCCUGGAGGCGUCUGUCCCUUCAGCUCCACAGAAGCAGAAGUCAGGUUCUUCUCCAUCCUCCACGGCUGCCAAGAAAACCCCGUCGGGCUCAUUGACUAAGGGCUCUUCCUCGGGGAAGAGCCGGACUGGCGAGCGCAGCCUCAGCAGGGAGGGCUCCAAGGUCAGCCUGGGCUCGGAUAAGGCGAGCGUUACCAGCGGCUCCAGGACGAGCUCCCCGCGCAUCAGCCACUCCAGGAGUGACAGCAGGGCAGUGGACAGCAGGCACGUGCGCAGCUCCUCCAUGGCCAACCUGCGCUCCCCCAACGCCGGGGCGCGCUCCGGCCUCAAGAGGGACAGCAAGUCCGAAGAGAAGGGUUUGUCUUUCUUUAAAUCAGCCUUAAGGCAGAAGGAGACACGGAGGUCGGCAGACCUGGGGAAGACGACAAUGCUUUCAAAAAAGACAGGGAGUGUCAGUUCCAAGUCAGGCAGUAAAAAUGUGCUGGAGGACAAACCAGAGAAAGGUGGUGUCCCACCAGCCUCUCAAACCAAUGCCAACAUGACUACAAAAGAAAAACUUGUCUCAAAAGAUGCCACAUCUAACAAACAUUCUCUGCUAUCCAGUCGCAAGUCCAAGUCUUCCCAGCUAGAUCCCGGAGUCCAGUCUCCUCCUUCCAGUGGCAAGCAGUCUGCUGACAAGCCGCUGAAAAAAAUACCUUCCAGCAUGCAGGUGUCUGUACGGCCUUCUCUGGAACCUCAGUGAAAUGCUGCAAUCCAGGUGUCUUUUCUUCUGCUGAGAAGCUAAUUUAUUCUGAGCUCUUGUUUUUUGUUCAUGUGCCUAAUGUAUGUUUUGAGGAGAAGUUAACUGCAAGUUGUUAAAGCGCCUUUGAUUCUGCCAUCAAACCAAAUAGCCACAGGCAGCCAGCACUGGUGCGAGUAGCCUAGCUGGAGUCGUUGUUGAACAUGAAUGCAGCUGUCCCAUAGCACUUGUACAGGAGUCUCUGUUGAAAGUGCAACAACUUUCUUCAGAUAUGAGGGCUGGGACCUGACCCCCAGUUGUACUGACACUGGUGUGCUUUGUAGAGCUGUGAACUGAUAUUCCUUUGGUCUUGUUCUGAGUGGGCUGUGUCCACACUGGUGUAUGGCCUUGUUCUGAGCUGUGGAGGAUGCGAAGGAAACUGGAGAGACUGUCGCUUCUUUCUGCUCUCAACUCCCUGUCGCUGCUCCCCUCCAUUUCCAAGCUUUCUAAAGGGCAAUAUUUCAACACUAAUGUUGUUUCUCAGGUAUAUACUCAGCCGGUAUAGGAGGGACUAGCAUUAGUGAUGGACAGAAAGGUACCUGUGUGUCUCUGUGCCCGUCUGUGUAAUAGAUUUCCUUUUUGCAUUCCAACAGCAGGAAGUUUGAAAUGUAACCUGCAGUUUUGUUGCUGUGUCUGUGAAGAGUUUUGCUUUGUCCAUACUAAGGCAACCUCCAGCCUGUCCUGUUUCACUACUUUCUUCUGAAAUGCUCUGCUAAACAACAGAAGAAAUCCCUGGGCAGCAGCUGCUGGCCAGCUUGUCCUGUGGAAGCAGUGCCAUGGGAGAGUUACAUCCACACUCCUGGGUGGCCGUGAUGCUGUCGGGAUGCCCCUGUUCAAACUCCUGGGAAGCAUUUCCUAAUGUGCUCAGACCCUUAUCCUAGUGGUGUAAUUAAGCCUCCAGUAUCUCUAGGGGUGUUGUUUAGAUCAAGGGUCAUCCUGCCCUCCCUGAGCAUGCUUUGACAGGCCCCUUUGUGUGGGUUGGAGGGGCAGUUUUCCUGUUCCCAGAGUGCUGUACAUUCUUCCCUCUGGCAUGCUCGUCCCCUCCCCUGGGUCUGGCUGCCACGUGUCCCUCAGUGGAAGGUUCCCCUUCCUUUGGAUGUUUGGAUGACAGCCUCCAUCAGGGUCAAAACACUACAUCUACUGAUGUCUUUGUUUACAUGCCCUUCUUACAGGGGAGAUUCCUCAAGUUCUGGAAGGUUCCUCUUAAGGUGGAUUUCUUAAGUCCUUUUACAUAUAUGUGGUGUAAUUAUUUUUUUUUAAUUCCAUGAGUUUUUGUGGAUGUGCUGCCUAUCCUUUAUGUCCACAGCCUGUUGUGUAGGUUGUGACAGGCUGGGCAAUGUGCUGGGCACGCUCUGCUGAGUGAGGUCUGUGCCUGUCCAGUCCAGUGGCAGAGCUUGGGGCCAGGGACAUGUGCUCUGUCCCAUCAGCAUAACAAACUGCCUCUGCCACCCCCCUUGCUGAGGUCCUGCUUGCCCUGCAGGCAGCCUUGUCCCCAGGACACCUUGCUGCUGAGUUUUCUGCUCACCACACACCUGCAGCAAGGGAGGGAAGGGCUGGGGGUAGCUGGCUCCUGGUGUGUGUGGGGCUCAGCUGGGAGUGCGCUGAGCUGGGGUCAGUGUGGGGAUGAGCCCACCUGCCCUGCAGGUGCAUGCCCACCUGCCUGCAGCCCUUGCAGUGCCCUGCUGCAUCCCCUUCUCCAGCAGUGCCACAGCCUGCAGGUGUAAUGCCCUGAUGUUCCCCCCAGACAUGAGUGUCCCCUCAGUGCAUUCCUUCGCCCAGGCAUUGUUUCAGUCUCAUUUAUUGCAGCAACAAGAAGCAAAGAUUGCAUUGCUUGCUUCUAAAAUGUAUGACUUGGAUUAUUCUUGGAUUAUUUUCUGCUAUAUCCAGCAGAGCAGAUAAGACUUGCUUCACAUUGCAGUACUUAAAUUACUCCCUGAAAUGUUGAUAUUGAAGUAUUUGUUUGAGGUUUUAUCUGUAUUAAGGUCUUACACUGUCUUGGCUCUUCUCUUGUAACAACUCUUCUAGCAAGAAUGUAAUUCUGGUGGCUUACGCUGACUCGGUUUGGGAUCUUUUAAUAGACAGAACUACUUUCUGUGCAUUUUGCCAUGGACAUUUGUGAAAGGUUAUUUUUAUCAAAUGACUUUUUUUUUCAUGUCACUGUUCACUGAAGGAGUUUAAACUGGAAGCUAGCGUGUGGGUUUUGAGGUGGUUUUGCUCCUGUGCUGCAUGCCUGACUGAAGGGAAUUGGAAGCCAUGUCCAAACCCACGUUUUAGCUGAACACCAGUUCAGUGUUUGUAGCUGUAGCAAGACAAUGGUCCUUGGAGCUCUCAUUUGGGUAGGAGGGAGAUGGAGGUCCUGGUAUUCCAGCAGCUGAUAAAAGUAAUUGAACCUCUGCAAUCCCAUGAGAUGCCAGUCUCACUCUCUCUCUGCACAUUCUCCAUAAUCCCUGAUGCUAGUUGCUGCCAGCUCCAGCACUAUCUGCUCUCUUCACGCAGCCAGACUGGGUUUCUGUCCCUCUGGAAGCCGUGCACUCCUCUGUGCACGGGCUCCUUGCCCUGCAGAGGAGUGUGCCUGGGCAGGAGGGGCUGCCCUGACAUCCCCUCCUCUCUGAGCAGGUGGGGUGCUGCUCCUCCCUGGUGGGGUUUCUGCUCUGGAGGGCUUGGCUUGGGGUGUCCUCAGGCAAGGUGGUUUGGCUUAGCAGGGCACACCAGAGAUCCUGUGGGAGGUGAGACACGCUGGGCUGGGCGUGGGAGCGUGUGUGAGCCUGUGGGGAGUGCAGCCCUGCUCGUGUCUGUGUCUGUACCAGGCCCUGGGAGCAGCCACCCCUGUCACUGCACACUGCUCCUCAGUGUCACACACCUUCAGCGGUGAACAGCUUCCUUGCACAGGGGAGGGCUGGAGGGUGUGGGUCUGGGAAACACCGUUCACUGGGAGUGUAAAUCAAAGCCUUGUUGCUGUUACAGUCGUGUCUCCAUCAGUGAAGUAGGGUAAAUGUUUCUGAAAAGGAAUGCAGGUUAUUACAGGCCCUGCUUAAAGGGAUUUGUGGAAAAAUCAUCAGUCUUCUCUCCUUGCUUUAAAGCAGACUUCUCUCUUGUCCCUUUCAUGUGUAGGAACUCCUGUCCAUGGUAUUGUGUUGUCCAGCUGCCAGGAUGUGGCACGGUACCAGGGAGCACUCGGGAGAGGGAUCUGCCAAGUCCUAGAUGCCAACACCUCCGUGGCUUUGCAUAUGGAUCCUUCAAGCAGCAAUGGCUU